AUGGGCCGCAACAUCGCCCACAAAGGCCCCCAAACCUCCCCCGUGAUCGUGUAUAACCGCACAGUCUCCAAAGCAACCACCUUCGCCGAAUCACUAGGCUCCGGGAAAGCCACCGUCGCGGAGUCCAUCUCCGACGCCGUCCGCGCCUCCACCAUCACCUUCAUCUGCGUCGGCGACGACGCCGCCCUCGACCAGAUCAUCAACACCUUCCUCUCUGACACCUCCCUGGACCUUGCCUCGAAACUCUUCGUCGACUGCUCCACCGUCCACCCGGACACCUCGCGACGGAUCCACGCUUCCCUCGCGCAACGCAAUGCAUCCUUCGUCGCAUGCCCGGUCUUCGGGGCCCCGAACGCCGCCGAUGCCGGACAGAUGAUCGUCGUCCCCGCGGGGUCAGCAGAGUCGCUGGCGCGACUGACACCUUUCUUCGACGGCGUCACAUCCAAAGCGACGCUGGACAUGCCCGGCGAGGACGUCGGCGCGGCCACGACGCUCAAGAUCCUAGGGAACACGUUCAUCCUGAACACGGUGGAGUCGGUGGCCGAGGGGCUUGUGGCGGCCGAGAAGUCCGGGUUGGGCGUGGAGGCGUAUCGUCGGUGGGUGCAUACGUUCUUGCCCGGGCCGUUUGCCAAGUAUGCGGACCGCAUGGUCGACGGGGAGUAUUGGAAGCGGGAGGAGCCGUUGUUUGCGGUCGAUUUGGCGCGCAAAGAUCUGGGCCAUGCGGCGGAUGUGGCGGGGAGGGUUGGUGUACGGUUGAGGAGUGUGGAGGUCACGGAUGAGUAUUUGAAGGGGGUGAAGGCGGAGAAGGGCGUGAAGGGGGAUUUGGCCGGGGUGUAUGGGGCGAUUAGGAAGGAGUCGGGCAUGCCGUAUGAGAACUGA